UGCAGCCUGAAGGUUUGGACCACUCUUGUGCUGACCGGACUCCACUUCUCUUUCUACUGGAUGACAACUUCUACUAUCCAAGCAUGAGAUAUGAAGUGUACCAACUUGCAAGAAAGCAUUCACUGGGGUUUGGAGUCAUGCAUCAGCAGAAACCAGAGCAGGUCUGAGCCCAUUCCCACUGAGGUGAUAUUAGAGAUGGUGAAGCGCUUGGAGUCUCCAAAUCCACAGAAGAACCCAUGGGAGACAAAAAGCAUUUACCUCAACACUACAGACAAUUUGUCCAAAUGUGACAUCCAGAAGGUAAUGGAGUUGAUCUCCUCUGCACUGAGCAACCCGCUGAGCCCUGUAGAGGACAACACUGAACAAAAGGAAGCCGCCCGUCUGAAAUGUGCCUCUAGUGUGGUCCACCAGGCUGACCAGGCCUGUCGACGCCUGAUCUCUGAGGCCAUGAAGACUGCCAGAGAAAAUCAAGUGUCCUCUGGACACAUGAGGUCUCUGGCGACCCAGCUGAAUGAAUCCAAAGCAACAUUUCUUCACAACCUGCGAAAACAGUUGCUUCAGGAAACGUCGCUCACUCAAGAAGAGGACUUUGAUGUGGAACGUGUGGUGAAAAGAGCAGUGGAUGUUUUCGACCACGAGAAAAAGGAGAUCUUGCUGAGAAUCAUAAAUGACCAUAAAUGACUUUUUUCCACAAAGCAAUAUUUAAUUGCAUCCAGUCAUUAGUGAAUGUGUGUAAUUUGUAUUUAAUUAAAUGUAAAUAAAAUGCUGGUUACCUCA